AUGAGAUUCCUGGCGCUUGCUGGCGCUCGCACAGAAGUUGCCGACGACCAUAUUGCUACAGCAGACGGAGGAGGGCGAUUAUUACUCCACGCAAGAGCAUCUCUUCGUAUCUCUCCAACAACGGUGGUCCCCGUCGUUCAUAAUGCCGGCGCAACCUACAACUUGCCGCCGCCGAUGAAGAAGCUGACGGUGGACAUCGACGAACGAUGGAUCACCGCUGCGGCAAGACGUUUUCCAAUGCGCCCACCAGCCCCUCCCCUCAUACGCCACUUCAAGUUGUCUGUGCCCCGCCUCAUGAAACCCCAUCUUGUCCAAUUCCACGACGCCCAGGCCGAGUGCUACGGUGGCGCGCACCUAUGUAAGAUGCAUAUGCCGCCAUCGCCGUCAUCCAGUUCCCAGCCAUUGCGCCGUUAA